AAUACUAUUUUGAUUGGUUGUGCAUAAGGACAACAUCUGAAAAUCUUUACAUAAUCAAUUACUCAAAACAAAAUGAGCAAAACAAAAUGAGCACUUCGUAUGUGUUCUCCGUGGAAAAUGAUAUAAAAAAAACAUAGUAGUACGGAAAAUAGGGCGUUUUAAGGGGUUUUGCAAUUUGAAAUAUGUGAAUGUUUGUUUUCGUUUAAUUGACCUUUUAUUACUGCAUUUUGGGUGAAAAAUGGAAUUUCCUACUACAUUAAAACCCUGGUCAAGAAAUGAAGCAUCGGCUUUCUAGAAAAUAUUGAACUCGGAGCUAGCAAACUAUUGAUGGAUCCAGGUUUCAGGAAUGAGAUGCUUGAGUUAUUGCGUGAAGUCUUCUCGAUCGAAAAUGAGAAAGUUACUUUUAAAAUUUUUAAGGUUUAUAAUAUUUUUUUAAUUUUUGUAACCGGGGUUACAAAGAUAUACGCGUCCCUGCCCUUAAAGCUAAUAGCAACAUGCUUGCGUGACAAUAGCCAAGUCAUCUACGGUGAAGCUGCCACCACUAGGAUCCAUUCACUGUACCUUAAAAAGUCUUAUUUGUUUAAGCGGUAUUAGGGGAUCCAUAGUCACUCAGGCCUUCACUGUACGAGAUUCGUCACUUGCUAGAUGGUUAUGCUUACCAUACGUUUCUUUUUAAGUAGGGGAUCGUUUGAUUUGAAAGAAGACCUGCAAUUACGCUGGAUGAGUGAUGGGUUCAUGUUUCAAUUCAGGAGAGAGUGUUGAAGCAUUGCAAUGGAACACUACAAGUUAAGAUCUAAGCUGUUCGAUACGAUCCUGUGGGAUUAACUUCAAGCAGAGCAACACCUGUAUCCGCCCUGGUCUUAUCGAGGGGUUACUGUGCAGUUUUUGAAAGCCAAUGCAGUAAAAUUUCCGAUCAGAACCCUUUCGUUCUGCUUUUUGAAUAUCGCUGUUAGUUGUUUGUAGUUGAAUCUUGUUUAACGAUUGCUUCAAUAGGAAGUGAAAAGAAGACGAUUCAUUCAAGGGCAGAAGUAUACUGCAUCAAGGGGCUUUGAAUAUUUUAGUAGGUCCCGAAGACUUAACGCCAUGGGAUUACUUCCAUUUUCCAGAAGACUACUUCAGGCGGCCGGUAGUCGUGUAUUGGCAAGGAGGGCUGCAAAUGAAGCCUCACGAUUGAUACCGCCGGUGUAUACAUCUGAUUUUGUUAAGCCCAAUUUAUGGUACUUCUCAACAACAGAAAACCUGCUAAAUUAUCGCAUAACCAGGUCAAUUUCUACAACAUCGCAGAGCCUCUAUCCUAUAGCCGAGCAGGUUCCUGUGGAGCACAAUGAAAACGAAUCACGUGAUAGUGUGGAGUGUUUGCCUGGUUUGGGGCCAACUAAGCCAGGGGAGAAGGCUCGUGUUGUAGUCCUGGGUACUGGCUGGGCUGGCUGUCGUUUGAUGAAAGGACUGAAUACUAAACUGUAUGAUGUUGUUUGCAUUUCACCACGAAAUCAUAUGGUUUUUACUCCUUUGUUAGCUUCUACCUGUGUUGGGACCUUGGAAUUUCGAUCAGUGGCGGAGCCUGUGAGCAGGAUUCAACCUGCUCUGUCUAAGUCCCCAAACUCUUACUUUCUGCUAGCCAAGUGUCUCAAUGUGGACACGAACAAUCAUGAGGUUUAUUGUGAGGCUUCUGGGGAGAAAAAUGAAUCAAUCCCCCAUCCAAACUGGCGCUUUAAGGUUUCUUAUGAUAAGCUCAUUAUUGCAGCAGGAGCUGAUCCACUGACUUUUGGAAUACAUGGGGUUGAUGAGCAUGCUAUAUUCCUAAGAGAAGUUCAUCAUGCACAGGAAAUACGGAGGAAGCUUCUCCUAAAUUUAAUGUUGUCAGAUGUGCCUGGAAUUACAGAGGAUGAAAAAACCCGUCUUUUACACUGUGUAGUAGUAGGUGGUGGCCCUACUGGGGUUGAGUUUAGUGGUGAACUAAGUGACUUUAUCAAGAGAGAUGUAUAUUAUAGAUAUGCUCAUGUUAAGAACUAUAUUCAUGUCACCUUGAUAGAGGCAAAUGAAAUUUUGUCUUCUUUUGACGUGGGGCUCAGGGAGUAUGCAACUAGACACUUGACCAAGGCAGGAGUUAGACUCGUUCGGGGUGUUGUUAAAGAUGUUAAACCGGACAAGUUAAUACUUACCGAUGGAAGUGAAGUUCCGUAUGGUUUACUAGUCUGGUCUACAGGUGUUGGACCCACUCCAUUUGUGAAAGACUUAAAGCUUCCUAAAUCACCUGGUGGCAGGAUUGCUAUAGACGAAUGGUUACGAGUUCCUGGAGUAGAAGAUGUAUUUGCCAUUGGUGAUUGUGCUGGUUUUCAUGAAAGUACUGGCAAGUCCCCACUUCCAGCCUUGGCUCAGGUUGCCGAGAGAGAAGGAAAGUAUCUCGCCAGUUUGUUGAAUAAUCUGGCAAAGCAAGGUGGGAGCAAGGCAGAUUCUGCUGCAGACAAAGAUUUCGGGCAACAAUUUGUUUACAAGCACAUAGGAAGUAUGGCAUCGGUGGGUCGGUACAAAGCUUUGGUUGAUCUCCGCCAGAGCAAGGAGUCCAAGGGCGUAUCAAUGGCAGGUUUUGUGAGCUGGUUAGUCUGGCGAUCAGCGUAUCUGACACGAGUGUUAAGUUGGAGGAAUAGGUUUUAUGUGGCAGUAAACUGGGCUACGACAUUUGUGUUUGGUCGUGACAUUACACGAAUAUAAUCCAAGCUUCAACUGUGUUCUCUCAUACUGUUAUAAUGCACGGGUUGAGCAGAGAACAAGAAAUUUUGAGCUCACUUUUCUUACCUUCAAAACCUUGUUGGUAAUGAUUCUUUUGUCCGUGGCAGCCUAGGUGUAGUGUUUUUUAUUGAAUUUGUUUUUUCUGUACCACAGCAAGAGUGCAGUUUUCGUUAUAUCUAUAAAAUUUUGUAAAUCUUCUUAGGUGCCUUUGAAGUUUGAAGAGAAAAUAUGCUUGCACAGCAACUUCUGAGUUUUUUUUAUCGUAUUGCUUUGGGCUAUAUUGCUAGCAUAGCAUCAUGAAAGAGGAAUAAUAGGAAAGCAAAAUACAGGAGUUGGUAGGUUGUAAAUCUUUUUCAAAGUUGUGAGUUCCCUGUAUGCCGGGAUAAUUACUGUGCCUCAGAUUCAGUAGGAUUAUAUUUUGGUGGAAAUUUCUUAAACAAAAGAAUAUCACCAUUAGAAGUAUAACAUUUGCUUCAAUUUUUAUGAAGCAAUAUAUUAUUUCUUAAAUAUUCUCCAAUUCUAUUGCCUCUUUUUAUGAAAAAACAACUAUAUAUUUGGAGUA